AUGAGGGAUUUUCCGAGUGGGUUAAUUGCAAGUUCAAGAGAGGUAACAACAUUCUUUUUUUGGCAUAGUUGUUGGUUGGGAGAUCAAACUCUUAGUACCCCCGCUUUUCCGUACUUGUUCGAUCUUUCAACCAAUAAGUUUUGUGCGGUUAGCGAUGUGGUCUCUUGGAAUAAUGGAACAUUUUCUUGGAACAUUGAAGCUAUUGUUGAUAUUGAGCGAAUGCUUCCUCCCGGUACUUUAGGGGGAGACUCGGCCGGGGCAUCUCAAUUGAGGGACCUAAAGGUUUUAUUAAACGGUAUCGAACCAGAUAAUACCGACGUUGUUGACUUUCAUUGGAAUCUAACUUCUAACGGUUGCUUCUCGGUUUCUAGUGUUUCUAUGGCGGUGUCUAAUGCAAAGGACUUGACUUGGACAACUUCUACAAUCAAAUUGUUGGAACUUGUUUGGAAGAUAAAAAUCUUCUCUUGGAGAUUCUUUAUCAAUAGACUCCCUCUAAAAGAUCUUUUGGCCCAUAGAGGUAUGUCCAACUUUUCCUCCCUUGAUUGUGUGUUUUGUUCAAACCAUUCGGAAACUUUGGAACACCUCUUCUACCAUUGUCUUGUUUUAAAAGCGGUUUGGGAUAGAAUUUAUCUUUGGUUGGGCACCGAAUUGGAGUUUUCUUUGGAUGAGUUCAAGAAUUUUGGAAGCAUUCAAGAGAAGGUGAAAAAUAUAAAGAAUAGAGCUAAAAUCAAUCUCAUUUGGUUGGCUCUUAUUUGGAGUAUUUGGAACACUAGAAACAACAUUAAUUUUGAAAAUGCUUCCUUUAGCUAUGAAGUGAUUAUUUACAACAUUAUGCUUUACUCUUGGAGAUGGUUAUGUAAUAGUGACUCUAAGUCUAGGCUUAUUUUCUAUGAUUGGUACAAGCUACCUCUUAAUAGUUCCAACUCUUUUUAG